GACUCGAGGAUCAUGACCAGAGCUGAAGGCAGAUGCUUAACUGACUGAGCCACCCAGGAUUUCCUGUACUAUUGAAUGGAAGUGGUGACAGUGGACAUCUCUAAAAUGACAUCUUUUAAAGAGACAGAAUGACACCUUUAAACAUUUUUUCCUGUCCCAAAUAGAAAUAAUCACUGGCUGUAUGGAGGAUGCUAUCCUCUCCUGAUGUGAUGGCAUGCUCACGGACCUGCUCCCGCAUCCUGGGGCUGAGCCUCGGGACUACCGCCCUGUUUGCUGCUGGAGCUAACUUGGUGCUCCUCUUUCCUAACUGGGAUGUGACCUACCUGUUGAGGGGCCUCAUUGGCAGGCAUGCCAUGCUGGGCUCUGGGCUCUGGGGAGGAGGCCUCAUGGUACUCACUGCAGCUAUCCUCAUCUCCUUGAUGGGCUGGAGAUAUGGCUGCUUCAGUAAGAGUGGGCCCUGCCGAAGUAUGCUCACUGCUCUGCUGUCCAGUAGCCUGGCUUUUCUUGGAGCCUUGAUUUGCUUUAUCACUUCUGGAGUAGCCCUGAAAGAUGGUCCAUUUUGCAUGUUUGAUGUCUCAUCCUUCAAUCAGACGCAAGCUUGGAAAUAUGGUUACCCAUUCCAAGACCUGCAUAACAGGAAUUAUUUGUAUGACCAUUCCCUCUGGAACUCUGUCUGCCUGGAGCCUUCUAAAGCUGUCAUUUGGCACGUGGCCUUCUUCUCCAUCCUUCUGUGCAUCAGCCUCCUCCAGAUUCUCCUGGUGGUCAUUCAUUUCAUCAACAGCUUCCUGGGCCUUUUCUGCAGCCUCUGCGAGAAGCGAUAGGGAAUGCCCUUUCAUGCAUGAGAGUUUUCCUCAGAAGCUGCCUUGAAUCCCUUCUGCAGGAUGGAUUAUAACCGAACUUUCCUUUUAGGUAUUCCUGUAGUGAUAAUAACGGUAAUGAUUCCUUGCACAUGUAUUGAAUGAUAUAUGCAUUUGAAAUCACAUUGUAACCUGCAAGAUGAUAUGUUAGUAGAAGGAAUAAUUAAGUCAUUAUUAUUGUGCAGGAACUUACAGUUCAUAAAAUGUCCUCCAGCCAUGGUCUCAUUUCAGCCUCUCAACAACUCCAUAAAACUGGCCACAUGUCACAGAUAUAGAAGUUGAAGCUCCUAGAGCAUAACGGACUUGCUGCCUAAAAGCACUCAACUGGGUUCAGGCAAAGUCAGCACCUGAGCUCCAAUCUUCUAAAUUCAAGUUCACCAGUUGUUAUGGAUUGAAUUGUGGGUCCUCAAAACUCAUAGGUUGAAGCCCUAACCCCCAAUGUGACUGUAUGUGUAGAUAGAACCCUUAGGGAAGUAGUUAAGGUUAAAUGAGGUCAUAAAGAUAGGACCCUAAUCCAGUAAGACUGGCAUCCUUAUAAAACGAGGAUGAGACACCAGAUCUCUCUCUCCACACAAGCACAGAAGAGGCCAUGUGAGGACACAGCCAGAAGGUAGCCACCUGCAAGCUAAGGAGGGGGCCCUCAAUAGAAACCAACCUUGUUGGUACAUUCAUGUUGGGACUUCCGGCCUCCAGAAAAUAAAUGUCUGUGGUUUGAGCCACUCAGUCUGUCGUAUUUUGUUAGGGCAGCCUGCGCUGAUUAAUUCACAGUAUUCUUUUCUUUAGUGUUCAGUGCGGUUCAAUAAGUGCUAUACACUGGAGUGUGGCUGACACUGCUGUGUGUGCAGUGGAUCCAAAGAUUACCAGGACAUGGUCCUUGACCUUGGACCCUGCCUUGUCCUUGAAGAGCUCAUGAUCAGGUUAGGGGAACAAACACAUCUACGAAUAAUUUCAAUGUCCUAUGGUAAGGGCCAUGUUAGAGGUCAACAGGACACAGAGAGAGUUCAGAGGAUCAGUGAACCUCCAAGGAGGGGGUCUGUGAGAGAUCAAGGAAGGCACCCCUUGCGUCUGAGCUGAUUCUUGAAAUAGUUAGCCCAGCAAAGAGGGGAGGAAGGGAUUCUCCAGCAGAGGAAACAGCACAUCCCAAGGCAUGGAGGGGAGACACAGGAUGGAGAACUGUGGUGCCACAGCGGCUUCUCACAUGGUACGUGGAGAGCAGAGCACCUCCCUCUCUCCCACUUCAGGAUCUCGGUCAGGAGGUAGUGCUGGAUGGUGAGCAGAGUCAGGAGUGGAGUAAAGGAGAUCCGGGUGGGAAAGUUUGAUGGGCAGGGAACAGGAUGAAGCAGGCAGGAGCAGCCUGGGAAGAAACAGGGAGACGGGUACUGGCGAGAGAAGAGGUAGUGGCCAAGUGCAGGGAAUGAAUUAGAGAACCUGGGGCUCUGGAGCCACAGAGGGGACAAAGCCAGGCAGGGAGUGUGUGGGCCCAGGUGCUGCUGUAUCCCCUCCAUGGUCCCCUGGACCCCAGCACUGUCCCAGGUCAGGGAAGAGCCGUCGAAGCACCA